CCCUCCAUACUUAACCCAUAACUAACCAUGGUUAAAAGUUAACCUAACCCAACAUUCAUCUUUAACUACCAAAUCCACCACUUCACUCUCCUCACUCCACUCCUUGCAGCUUUCCAGCAUCUUCUUUCUGCUUUUUCGUUUUCCCAGCAUGGCUUCGCUUCGAGCUUCGUUCCUCUCUCUCUUUCUCAGCACUCUCACUAUCGCAGCCGUUGUCUCCGGCCACAACAUCACCGACAUUCUAGCCGGCUUCCCAGAAUACAGCCAAUAUAACAGCUUCCUCUCCCAAACAAAGCUCGCCGAUGAGAUCAACAGCCGCCAAACAAUCACUGUUCUUGUCCUGAACAACGGCGCGUUCUCUUCACUCACGUCCGGUCACCCCCUUUCCGUCGUUAAGAAAGCUCUUAGCCUUCAUGUCCUCUUGGACUACUACGACGGCCAAAAGCUUCACAAGAUUUCCAACGGCUCUACUCUCACCACCACACUGUACCAAACUACCGGAAAUGCCCCUGGAAAUUUGGGCUUCGUCAAUAUCACUGACCUGAAAGGAGGAAAAGUCGGCUUCGGCUCGGCGGCUCCCGGAUCCAAGCUCGACUCGUCCUACACCAAGUCAGUUAAGCAAAUCCCGUACAAUAUAUCCGUGCUUGAGAUCAGCGCGCCGAUUAUUGCGCCGGGGAUGUUGACAGCUCCAGCUCCGUCUGCUGACGUUAACAUAACGGGGUUAAUCGAGAAGGCCGGAGGUAAAACGUUUGCGUCUUUGCUUGUCUCCAGCGGUGUUAUUAAGACUUACGAGUCUGCCGUUGAGAACGGUUUGACAAUAUUUGCGCCGUCCGAUGAGGCUUUCAAGGCGCGUGGGGUUCCCGAUCUGAAAAAGCUCACCAACGCUGAGGUGGUCUCGCUCUUAUUGUAUCACGCCGUGUCGAAGUACCUUCCCGUGGGGGCUUUGAAGACCAGCAAGGAUCCAAUUAGCACAUUGGCGACAAAAGGCGCCGGGAAGUAUGAGCUCUCAACAACUACCGCCGGCGAUGCAGUCACUCUCCAUACCGGAGUUGGCUCGUCCAGAGUCGCCAGUACGGUGCUGGACUCCACUCCUGUUGCUAUCUUCACCGUCGAUAGCGUGCUUCUUCCGACUGAGUUAUUUGGGAAGUCGCCGUCGCCGGCACCCGCACCGGCACCAGUGAGCUCUCCUACUCCGGCUCCAGCGUUAGCACCGAAAGCCAAGUCACCUGCUCCAGCUGCUGCUUCACCACCGGCUCCUAUGGCAGGAACUCCGGCUGGUUCUCCGGCUGAUACUCCGUCGUCGGCAGCUGACCAUGGCGCUCAGCAAAAGGCUGCCGGCGCCCACGUGGAGGCUUCUGCUGUUCUUGCCGUUUUCCUCGUUGCGAUAUCUUCUAUUGUCGUAUCUUGAGUCGUAGUUGGAGACCUCGGGCUUAUUUUUCGUUUCUAAUUGAAGACUUGAGUUAAUUUUAAUUUAAUUGGCUUUUAUCAUAAUUUUUUUAAUUUUUAUUUGUCAGAUUUAUUUAUGAAUGUGUAAUACAAUGUGAAUUUCCUCACCUUUUUUUAUAUUUUAUUUUUGAAAAAAAA